AUGGAACAGAGAAAUGCUACAGAAGUAGGAACUUUAAGACAAUACAGAGAAGUUAUCAAUGCCGAGUUCAAUUUAGCAUUCCAUAAACCAAAGAAGGACCAAUGCAGUCUCUGUGUAGCCUAUCAACUAGCAACUUCGCCAGAUAAUCAGAAAAUACAAGAGAAGUAUGAAAAACACGUUUCUAAUAAGAAAGCUGCUAGAGCUUUAAAAGAUGAAGAUAAAGAAACUGCAAUCAAUGACAAGACAAUUAGCGCAGCGUGCUUCGACUUACAAAAAGUUCUGGUGACACCCCAAUCUGCUGUAAGUGACUUCUAUUACAAAAGUAAACUCGCCACAUACAACUUUACCAUUUACGACAUGGGAAAUCAUGAAGGCUAUUGUUACGUUUGGCAUGAAGUCCUCAUGACGGUGGCAAUUCAUAGAAGGUCCGGAUAUCGCAGCAGGCAUAGCUUCAAUAUACAUCAGCUACUCAACACAGGUUGUGGAGAGGGAUACCAGACUGGAGCUCAUAGAAAAAUGGAAGUUCCCACCAAACUGCAAGGCUCUGCGGGGCAGCAAGAGGAGCCAACCAUAUCGAAAGUCACCGCACAAGAAGGCGAAGGGAUCCUACCAGCGUUACGAGAGAAGAAACCAAGGAAUUAGUGGUAAAACAUGCAGCCAGAUUUAGGUUUUUUUUUACAAAUUGGAUGACUGUCGCAACUGACAAAAACGUAUAAUACUUAGUUGAGCUCAGGGCUACAAAAUCCUAUUUGAACAAAGUCCCCAGAAAAGGAAAAAUAUGUUAGUGAGUUCCCCUCAGUACAUUCUACUAAUGCCUUAGACUGUCUGUUGGAAAUAGGAGCUGUGGUGAGAUCUCUAUCGUGCUGAGGAGUUUUUCUCACCAUACUUUCUACACCAAAGCCAAAUGGUGAACAUGGAUUUAUUUUAAACUGAAGCAGUUGUACAAAUUCGUUUCUGUUCCUCACUUUAAAAUGGAGGACCAUAGAACAAUCAAAAACCUAGUCAAAGAAGUAUGGUUAAUUUUUAUUACCUACCCAUGUAUCUAGCAGAAAAUAUUUGAAAUUCAAAUACCAUGGAAAAUCAUAUCGUUUCACCUGUGUACCAUUUGUCUUGGCAACUUUUUUUGUAUUUAAAAAAAUAUAUCUGGACGAAGGAAUGCCAAGAAAAUGUUCUUCUAGCUAGACAGACUCUUAUCACUCGAUUUCAGCAUUAUUGAACAAAAAAACGUAUACGUAUACACCUAGUCAGUAAGGUUUUUUCGAUUUGUUUUUAACAGCGUAUGCGUGAGAAUGUGACGACUCAAUGAUAAAAAAUACAAAUGUACGAGUAUAUGAUUCUUUUGCUUUAGUUACAUGCCAGUAACUCUAUCUGCUGCUAAAACAACGUAAUUCCAUAACAGCUUUUCUGGUUUUCACCAUUAUUAUCAAUAAAAUGUUUUAGCAUGCACUACUCGACGGCCGCUACUUGAAUGGGUCAUUUCAAAGACAGCAUCAGUAUCCCUGUAUUGUCUUAUUUUCAUAUUUAUGUGCUAUAUUAACCAAAAAUCAAUUUUAACAUUCACUAAUUACAAAAAUAAGGUUACGGGUUUCGUCCGCUCUGCCCGAAAUCAUUUGUUUAAAACUUUCCUUGUUUCUUACCAAAACAACUGACUCAAUUCUCCUCAGUUGAAUUACUGAAAAGGUGCCUUAGAGAUACGCUAAAUAUUUUAAAUCCCUGCUCAUACAGACUUUAUAAAGAUGGGUUUACAAGCACAACACCUAUCUUGGAAGAUCAAUUUUCUCGUUAAAAAAAGCAAAAAGUACUUAAUGUGCUGUAAGGCAAAAAAAUUAAUAUAAUAUCAUAACUCAAUAAAUAAAGAAAGAUUAAUUAACAAAUACAUGAUCCGAUGGUGAUUGAAAUAAUACAUUUUGAUGCCUGAUAGUCACAUAAGCAUUAGGGUUCAUCUACACCGAUUGCGGAUGAUUAUUGAAGCUUAUGAAUUUUGACUUUUCCAUGUGUUUGCUUUGCCCGGGUUUUCCCUAUAUACGUCAAAAAUAUUAAAACAUUCAAAAACAUGUGGCAUCGUAAUAACUCAAUAGUCAAGUGUAAUUUUCAACAAUAAGUAAUGAACAAUAUGUUCAUGUUUAUGUGCUAUUGCAUCAAAAUAUCAAUUUUCCAUUAUUCACUUAUUACAAAAAUAAGAUUAUAAGCUUUAUCCGCUUUGCCCAAAAUCACUUGUAAGAGAGAUUUUUUGUUUCCUAAGAAAACCAUUGACUCAAUCCUCUGUCUGAAGAGGCCAUUUAAAUACAAGCUAAAUAUUUUAUAGCUGUUCUCAAAGAUAAUAUAAAGAAAGAAUUACUCACAAUACGUAUACACAAUGUUAAUAUUGUCUUGUACAACCGAUUGCCGAUUAUUGAAGAAAGUCGAUCUAAUAAGUCUAUGUGUUAUUUCACGAUGGUCGAUUGAUGGUUUAGAAUUAGAUGUAAAACGACUAAUUCGAUUUUCCCAAAUGUUCGCUUUGACCGGGUUUCUUCUAUUUACCUUAAAAAAAAUAAGCAAUAAGCAACGAAAAAUAUUAUAUAUUUGAAACCUUGCUAUAUUUCGCUAACUCUAUUUCCUGUUAAAACAACGUAAGUCCAUAACAGGUUUUCGAGAUUUUUUCAUUAUUAAUAUUAAUAAUAAAUUGUGAAGGUUAUUCAAAAUUUCAAUCUUUUGGAACCUAAAUACUAUAUUAUGCCCAAAAAAGCAUAGUGUGUGAGUUUUUAUUCUCCUGAAAAAUUUAAAUUUUGGGACUUACAAGGUUUUUGCACUGGUUGAUUCAAAUGCUCGCAAGGCUUUUGGGUAACAUAGUAUCUAUCUGCGCAGCAGUGAAAUAAGGGUGGAGACAUAGAAGGAAUCAUGCAUGAGUGUCCGGUUCUUGUCCUUAGAUAACAAAAGACGUAUGGAAUGGUGUGAGAUCGAGACAAUGAUUGUUUACCUUUAAAGAAGAUAGAUGUACUAGCUGACAAGGAAUCUAGAUUAAGAAACAUAGAAAUGGAAUAUACAGGGUGUUGGAUAACCUUUAACCUCCAGUUAGAGGACAUCAUAACGAUUCAAAAAAUUGAAAAUUGUGUCUGGUAAAAGUUGCACGGUUUUUUGACGUUUUUCAAACUUGGAGGAAAUUAGUUCCUUCACUCACCUGUUUAAGUCCCGUGAUAACACAUGAAGGUUUUACCUCAGUCUUUUUUCGACAUAAGUAUUCUUGGAUACAUGUGUCAUUAAAUGUAAAUUGCCGUUUCCGUGCUACAGGUUUAACUGCUUUCUUAAAAAAUCAUUAAAACUCAGAAAAAAAUUGAUUUUUUUCUCUCAAGUUUGGACACGUGUGGUGUCACUAAUAUCGUGGUAAUCCAGUGAAACAAAACGUGAAUAAUUUGCCUAAUUCAAUGAGAUUGCAAAAUGAUACAAUACACCGUAUUUUCUGCUGUCAAUUCAAAGGAUACUCCUAUUGGAAUAGCUGAGACGCCUACUUUUCCAAAGAAAAGUCUAACUCAAGUUGCUGAUUUAGCACAAUAUUGAGGCAUAACAAAAGAGCGUAUCAAAAUUAGAAAAAUCAUCACAAAAUAUUCAGAUUUAUUACAACGUUUACAAAACGUAUUAGUAAUGUUGCAGUUUAAAUCUACCAGAUGGAUAAGAAUUUAACGCGAGAUACUAGCUUUAUGGUGUAAGAACUCGCUAGAUAUAAACAUAUUAUUAGAAGUUACACUGAGUGCUCAAAAUGACCACCACGAGCUCUGAUACAGGCGCUGCAUCUUUUUAUAAAUGCCUGAUUUUGCGUGUGUAUCCGGCUUCGUUGAUUUCUCUCACAGCUGUUUGUAUCCACGCACCUAGCUCUUCCACUGAAUUAAAGGGCUUCUUGUAGACCUUCUCCUUAAGAUACACUAAGUAAAAAAAGUUGAGAGUCUUGAGGUCUGGUGACCUUGGUGGCCACAAAAUUGCUCCCAAGCGCCCGAUGCAACGGGGAUACAUUUCGUUGAGAUACUCUGGCACAUUUUGAGUAUCAUGAGUAGGGCACAUUCUCAUUAUUUGCUCUAGUGGAACAUUUUCAAGUAAAGUCGGUAGAUAAUCACCUAAAAAGACUGAAGUAGCUCUCUGUAGCCAAGUCGCUGGUAAUUCAAAUGGCUCUAUAAUUUGUCCAUUUAAAAUACCAGUUCAAUGAUUUAUUUUAAAUUGAUAUUCUGACUUACCUUCUCUUACUAAAUGGGGAUUGAUGAGCUGCCAAGUUAUGCAAUUUUACAUAUCCAAUUUUUGUACAAGUUGCCUCGUCACUCCACAAGAUGUGGUCGAAAAAAUCAGGAUUGGCUCUUAUUCUGCAGCUUGAUUGGCAUUACCUCCACACUCACCAUAAAUAAGAUAUAUUUGAGCAUACUCCCUCGGACUGUAUUGAGACAUUUCCGUUCACAAGAUUGGGCUAUCCACCAUAUGGCAGAUCUAAAUCACUAUACAAAACCGCUGCGUACGGUAAGGCUAUUAAGGAAUCUUGACACUUGAUCUGUCACUAUGAGAUCAAACAAAAACAACCAAGUCACUAGGCAAAUGUGAUUUUUCACAUUUAUUAUUCAAGUAGAAAUUGUAUUUGAAGAAAUAGGAGUCUUAGCUAACCUUAAUAGGAGCAUCCUUUGAAUUAGCAGUAGGAAUUACCGUGUAUUGUAUCAUUUUGCAAUAUUGUAAAGCUUCCGUUCCGCAAAGAGUCCAGUAAAGAUGGAAUGCAAUGAAGAUUCCAACUUUUCUGCACAAUCACAGAAAGGGGGUUACAAUUAGCUUCCGGUAGCUCAGUCGGUGGCAUGAAGACAUCUACAGGCAUGUAGCUGUGUGUCGACCAUGGCAUGGCUAGAGGAUAGAAGAACAAACAGAACACAAAAAUUUAACAGAUUUUAUUAAACUAGAAAAGCAUUUUCAUUACAUUUGAAAUUGAAAUUUUAAAGAACAAGAUGAAAGAUUUAAAUCUUUAGCGCUGUUACAAAAUCAUCCACUCAUCUUUCGCUAAGCUGGUCCAUUUUGACAGGACUGAAGGGAGGAUGGCCAGGUGCUUCAAGUGGAGGUCCCAGAUCCCCCCCUCAUAUUUAGUGGUUUCAAAACUAAAUGUAGGCAAGGGAUGCAGUGAAGUUGAACUUAAACGUGAUCUUCAUCAAGGAUGAAGCUUUAAGUGAUGGCGCAGCCAAGGCACAUGCAUGGGUGAAGGCAGGGCAAUGCAAAGUCAAAGACAAAGGAAGGCAAAGUCAAAGACAAAGGGAAAGUCAAAGACAAAGGGAAAGAGGGUGGCCCCAAUCAUUUUAUCCUAUUUGGACACACAUUUUACAAAAUGCUAGCACAUGCUGCUAUAUGACCUCAUGCUACAGAGAACAAAAUUCUCAGCUCUUGUUAGAUCGGCGGCUCAAGUGAAAAGGAAGCGCGAGGAAGAUCACAGAUCAGGAACUCCGCAUCAAGCGCGCUUCAACCGGAAAUAUUUCCAAGUAAAAAAGCUAGAGAUGGGAUAAGCUAGAGAUGGGAUUAAUGAGUUGCGAUUCUGAAAUGAAAAUCGAGAAGUGAUUUAAUAAAUACAAUCGGACGGUGAAACCGUUACACUCGCCCCUACUUAACAAAAAAAAAAUCGAAGAAGCAUUCAAGCAUUUUUUUUAUUUAACAAGGAAAUUGAAAGUUAUCACGGAAGGACAAAUGUACAACCAUUCGACCAGAUAACAAGUAGCAAAAGUAAGGUAGAAACAAAAAUGUUAGAAGAGAAUUGGAAGAAAAAGGGAUAGCCUCAAGUCUACCAAACAAGAGGGAUGGUUAUAGCACCAACUCGCUGAAAAGUACAGUGGUUGCACUUAAAAAAACUAUCAUCAUAUGAUGAACAACCCAAAACAUAAAACAUCGUCACACCUAGGACGAGAAAAAUAAUAUACCAAAAGCUUCAGCAGUAGUCCAAGCACGAAGUGAGGAAUCACAAUGACAUCCAAAAUGCACGACUGACCACUAAAAACUUCAAAACUAAGUAAGUACCUAAACCAUAAGAGGUAAAAAAAACAGAAUAAUAAACUUUCUCAAAACAAUUGCCGGAUUAUCUCGCAAUGCUCCAAACCCAAAAAGAAUAUCAUCUACAGUGAUAUUUUAAACCAAUAUCCAAUGUAAAAAAACUGCGCAUUACUAUUUUCAAAAUAUGAAAAUCAAAAGAAAUUAACAAAUUCUAUUAGGAAACCAAGUCAUAUAACAAAACAAUUUACAAGUACUAAACCAAUGAAAACUUGAUCAAGAAGGUAUUUUAAUCAAAAAAGAUGUUAACUAAGUGCAGUUCUGAUUCCACAAAAAAAUUAUCGGGCGCCAGCAG